CUUUCACGUGCCUGCCGUCGUGAAUUCACCAUGCCGAAGUCAAAGAGAGACAAGAAAAUUUCUUUAACAAAAACAGCCAAGAAGGGACUUGGGUCUAAACAGAAACUAAUAGAAGAGUAAAGAGCAGUGUGGAUCAUUCACAACGUUGGUUAUUUAGUCCAUCCAUCCAUCCAUCCAUCCAUCCAUUUUCUACCGCUUAUUCCCUUUUGGGGUUGCGGGGGGCGCUGGAGCCUAUCUCAGCUACAAUCGGGCGGAAGGCGGAGUACACCCUGGACAAGUCGCCAUCUCAACGAACAGUGGUUCUCAAAUGGGGCUACGCGUACCCCUGGGGGUACUUGAAGGUAUGCCAAGGGUUACGGAAAUGUGUGGACACCUACAAAUACUUGUUUAUCUUCUCUGUGGCCAACAUGAGGAAUAACAAGCUGAAAGACCUCAGGGCGGCAUGGAAACACAGCAGGUUUUUCUUUGGCAAAAAUAAAGUCAUGAUGGUAGCCAUUGGUAAAGGAGAAACAGAUGAAUACAAGGACAAUUUGUGCAAGGUCAGCAAGUAUCUUCGAGGAGAAGUAGGAGUAUUAUUCACAAAUAAAACCAAGACAGAGGUGCAAGAGUAUUUCAGUCAUUUCAAAGAUUCAGACUAUGCACGUGCAGGAAACCCGGCUCAGAUGGAGGUAACCUUCGAAGAAGGCCCUUUGGAACACUUUCCUCACUCGAUGGAGCCUCAGUUGAGGCAACUGGGCCUCCCCACUGCUCUCAAGAAGGGUGUGGUGACGCUGCUAAAAGAACACACCGUCUGCAAAUAUGGAGAUGUCCUCACCCCGGAGCAGGCUCGCGUUCUAAAACUGUUUGGCAUCGCGAUGGCAGAGUUCAAGGUGCAGAUCAAGUGCAUGUGGAGCUCCGAAACAUGCGAGUUUGAAAACUUGGCAGGCAACGAAGCGCCCAUGCAGGACGAUGAAGACGACAAGGAUGAUGAUGAUGAGGAGGAUGCAGAGUGAAACCCAGGCUUGUGGAAUUAGUAUUUUCAUUUUUUUUUAUUUUUUU